AUGUCAGAUUCGAACGGAGUUCGGGAGGACGAGGUAUAGUUUUGUAAGAAAUUACAAUCUGAAAAUGCUUAUUGAAAAUAACUUUUUGAAAAUAGAGCAUAUCCAGAAAAAUAUUAUUUUUUCAGGAUUGGCUCACCUUGGCUCUCACAUUAAACCGAAAUUCAUGCAAUUUCAACAGUUCGAUAGAAACCCCAAUGCAAUACUAUCACAGAAUUGUACGAAUCUUUUUCAAACAAUAAUUUAUUCAAAUUGAAAUUUCAUUUCAGGUUGAGCAAUGUCGCGGUCUCUUGACUGUAUUCCGAAGAAUUUUUUGUUCAAUGUUACGAGGGCACUUCGAACCGGAAUAUUUUGAAAUGGUGAGUCAAGUUUGUUUGAGGAAGUAAAACUAAAACUUUCAGGAAACUGUCGAUCUUCUGUACAAUAGAACAGUGGAUCAAGUCAAUGAACCCAUUGCCAAAGCAAUUUACGAAUUGAUUAACUCUUCAGAUGGUGAAACCGAUGUUGAAAGUGAUUAUGAAAGUGAUUAUUAG